AUGGCGGCGCCGAGUAGCGACAGCGUGCAGAAGGCCUUUGGGCUCUUUGACGACGACAGCAGCGACGACGAGUACGGCUACCACGAGGCAGCAGUGGCGACGAAGACGAGCACGGAGGUCCACCUGCAUUUCACACCCGACCCGGCGACGGCGCCGCCGACGGUCAUGAAGCCGUCGCAGUAUACGCCGUCGCUCUGGGCGCACAUGGCACCCGACUUCAUGGGCCCGAUGGAGUUUCGCGACAACUCGGUCGAGUUUGGCGGCGGCCGCGGCUACUAUGCGGCGUGCGACAUUCCUGCGGGCACGCUACUGCUGCGCGAGCGUGCGUACGUGCAGUGGCCCGACGUCGACGACCGCGACGCGCUGCUCGUGGCGACCGUCGACCAGAUUCUGCGCUGCGACGACGCCGACGAGAUUGCGUCCAAUAUGGCGCCACUGCAUCCCGUGCGGCUGACGGACUUGCCAUCGCCGCUCUUGAGCGCGGCCCACGCCCAGUACACGAACCCGCUCCAGUCCGUCUUGAGCAACCACAAGCGCAGCCACGAGUUUGACAAGUGGCUCCAAGUGGUCCUUGGCAUGCAGUGCAAUGCGUUCACGAGCGGCGUCUUCCUCCACACGGCCAUGUUCAACCACGACUGCAACCCGAAUUGCGUCAAGUUCACGCCCCUCACGUCGCUCGGCGUCUCGGAAGUCCGCGCCGCGCGCUUCAUUCGCAACGGCGAGCAGCUCAUGAUCUCGUACCUCUACCCGCGCGAGCAAAGCCGUGGCCGGCGGCAGGCGCAGCUCCAAAAGCAGUUUGGCUUUGCUUGCCACUGCGCCCUCUGCGGACGUGGCGAUGCCUUCUCGGCCGCGCCGCCGACCGCCGAGACGGCCGAGACGACGUUGGAGGACGUGGAGAAGGCGGCGGCGAUGCUCGAAGAUCUCUUCGCGGACAACCCGUCCGUGAACGCCGGCACGGUGCUGCACGCUGCGCUCGAGACGCUCUCGGACGCGCUGGAGCUCGUCGCGCACGACCACAUCGUGCUCAUGCGCAUCCACAAGCUCGUGGCCGACACGUGCGACUCGCUCCUCAAGCGCAAGACGUCGACGUCGUCGAUCGAAGACAUUGCGAUCCUCUUCCUCCGCUCGUCGUACGAGCUCCACGAGCUGCAAAAGAUGUUUCUGGACAAGGACCACAUCGACCUCGCGCGCACACUCAACGACAUCAGCCAAGGCAUUCGCCUCCUCUUGAGCUACAACCCGAACGUGCUUCUCGCCGAGUUCCCCGAGUGGCCGACGUUCCGUGACGCGUCGCUCGUCGAGAGCCAAUACACAAAGGAGUACAAGCGCAUUAAAAAGCUCUACGAGGACUAAACCGAUAUAAUGAUCAACCA